ACCGGAAGCGGGAGCUGAAUGUUGCGCACUGCGCAGGCGCAGCUGCUUCAAACGAUCUUCAGUCAGUCCGAGCGGUCGAAGCUCAGCAGCGGAGAGAGAUGGAUGAGAAAGACGAAGAUCCAGAUGUAUUUGAUCCAAACAUACCGGAGGAGGGACCGUCAGCUCCCCCUCCUGGCUGGCUGGAGGACAUACAUGGAUACCAGGGCCACAAAGGAGGAGAGGAUGAUAACCCGUUGUACCCGCCUCCCCCCGCCUACAACCCCCAACCCGAACUCAACAGGAACACUUUGGUGCCCAAUGUCAGGGUCCCCACAGUAUCGGAGGAUGUGGCCAGAGAUGCUCUGAUCAAGUUUGUGGAAUCAAAAUGGAGGUACAGCUCCAAACCUGCCAGGAACCUCACCUUCAAAGAACUCAAACCCAUCACCGUGUACAGGUAUCGACUGGAGACCUACACUGAGACCAGAACCAGCGCCUGGCAGUUUGAAUCAUACAACGGUCAGCCGGUGGAUGGUCCUCAGUACGGUAUGAGUCCUCCACCCUGGGACAUCCCAGUGUCGAUGCCUCCCAGAUACACCGACAUGGUGGAGAAGAUCCGCGUGCCGCACUCGUCCUUCGUCAAGCUGUGUCACAAGUGCAACGGCUGUGGAAGAACUCGCUGUAUUCAGUGUCACGGUAGAGGAAGGAAACGUUGUUCGGACUGUUAUGGCAAGGGGUACAAAAGGCGGCACAGGACAAACCAGCGGACGUCUAGGAAGACGCCUUGUUUUUCCUGUAGCGGGAAAGGCCAUCAGAGGUGUAUCUCCUGCCACGGCAACGGCUACAAGACCUGCUCUGUUUGUCACGGCAGCCAAAACCUGCUGCAUUUCAUCCAGCUCACUGUGACAUGGAAGAACAACGUAGCUCAUUUUAUUCCAGACCGUCAGCCCGACUUCCCCGACAAGAAGUUUGAGAAGGUGACAGGAGAUCCUUUCUUCGUGGAUGAGAGUGUGCUGGUGUAUCCUAUCCAGGGUUUCCCCGAUCGGGAGAUCUGCGAUGUUACUACAAAACUGAUUAACGAACACCUUAAUCGCUUCAGUACCACCAGUCGCAUCCUGCAACAGCGUCAGACCAUCGAGCUGGUGCCGCUGACUCACGCUUAUUACUCUUACAACGGAAAAGACUUCAGCUUCUUUGUGUACGGAGUAGAGAACAAAGUCUUCACUCCUAAGUAUCCCUCCGCAUGUUCUAUUUUAUAAGUAACGUACCGUUAACACGAUCCAACGCUCGUCACCGUACGUGUGUGGUUCACGUCGGAGGGAUUCGUGGAAAUUCACAAGAAGAGCAGCAGGUGUGAGACGCUCAAUCGUCUGUUAACCAAAUAUCCAUGAAACUGUAUCUGCUGUUGAGGUGAAGCAACUCAAACACUCCUCGAAUGUAGAAAUACUUUCAAUGUUAUAAUAUUGUCUUUAGUAACAUAACACAACAACAUCAGGGGUCGUAUUCAUAAAACAUCUGAAGUCAUCACUCAGAGUCUCUAAGAGCAACUUUUAGUCAGUAAUUAAUCUCCUGCCGACAUGUCAGUGACACUGAAACCAAACAACGAAUCUACAGGAGCAGAAAGAAAGAUUUUAUUAAUUUAAACAGAUUUCACACAUGAAACUAAUUAAAUUAUCGACGUAUCCAGUAGAUGAUAUUUGGCAUCGAACAACAUCUGCAUGUUGAUAUUAUGAGAUUUUAUUUUACUGAUGACGUCUCUCUACACGACAGGUGACGCAGUGAUGACCAUGAAAUCAGCUUUAUUUAUUUAUUGCAGUUGAUGAUCAUUUAAUGUAUAGAAAUAAACACAUUAUUUUUAUCUAAGUGCUCAAUAUUAGACUGUGAGGGAUUUACACAAACAUCCCCAAACAAACAGACAAAGAAAACACAACAAGGAAACAACAACGUAUUGACCAGUUUCCCUCCUGAUCCAGCAGCAGACAGACGGGAUUAAACACCAAGUUAAACCAGGACUGUCUUGGAAAAACAACAACAUAUGUUUACAGAUUUCUGAUCAGUUAUUCAGUUUGUGUUUCACACUGAAAUUGCAUAAAAUAAAUAAAGUAAAUUAAAGCACUUAUGAAAUAUCCCUGACUCCUGGGUAUCCAGGUGUUCUGGCAGACUGGUCUUUCCCCAAAAACAUGAAUAAUUCAACCACUGAUCAAGUCUGAGACACAUCGACAGUAUUUCUUUACUUUUCCAAACGUUAACAGACUUUUUUUCUCGCUAUCAUGACAAACAAAUUGGAGUUUUGGGUUUGAUGAAUAUCUCAGACAGAUGUCAGAGAUAUUUCCAGUGAAUCAGCUGCAGAUUUCCAGUAUUACUCCAAACGUUUGUUAUUGUGUUUUUCCUAAAUGAUUGUGAGCAGCUUUAGUGACUCAUGAGUCUUCUAAUUUCUCACAGGAGCUACUUUAAGAGCUGAAAUGUCUUGUGAGUCCUACAGUUCGUACUGACAUAGCACUUAUUUAACGAGUUGUCAGGAGCUACUUUUAGCCUGAAGAUGUUUUGUGAAUACGACUCCGGCUUUUUCAAGUUUUGGUGGUAGAGAUGAAGUCGUGUCGUGUUUUUUUUAGCCAGUGUCAUUCCAGUCAAUCCAGCACGUCCAAGUCAGGAAGUGUUUGCUAUAAAAUCAAACUUAGAAGAAAAGUUUUAAAUACACAACAAACACGUGUUGAAGAGUUGUUGAGUCACACUCGACUGCCUUCAACGUUCAAGUUCUCUCAAUGUUCGUUUCAGGUUAAUAGAAACAAGGUGCUUUAAAUCACAACAGGAAGCCUUAAACAUUAAAUACUGUCACUGACAAACUAACAGGGUUUGAUGUCCGUCGCUGAUCCAGCAGGAGUUUGAUAAACGACUCAAUAUGUUAAAACUUUUCUUUUAGUGUCUUUGAAUCAAAUGUUUUUAUAUAUUCCUUCCUGAAAAAUCUGUUUUCAUAAAAAUCCAUCCAGAUGUUGGUAUCUCAGUUUACAUGUGCAGCGAUUAUUCAUUAUUUCUUCUUUUAUGAGACACAGUUUUCAGCUUUUUUAUAUAUAUAUGUUUCUGACAAUGUUUGGAGCAUUGUUUAAGGGUUUUACCACUUUAAAGUUUAUAUGUAGAAAAAAAAUUAUUAGGAAACGUCAGGAAGGAUCUGGAGACUAAACUCAGACUCUGUGUUAUUUUAAAAACCACUUUAAAGAGCAGAAAAGUAUGAAAAUCACUUUUUAUACUCUACAUACUCAGUUAUAUGUGUCAUGUAAUCCAGCCACUACCUCUGUCUGUUGCUUCAUACAGUUACUGCUAAAGUAUGUGAUGGUUUUAUAAACAUUAUUAUCUAACCUGUCAGCCUGUAUUCAGCUAAGACGUCAUAAAUAAAGUUCAUAAUAAAAUUC